UCUGUCGAUCUUAGUAUACCUGCAAUCAAAUAGUUGAUCGUAAACCACAACGUGGCUGAGAUCUGACGUAUCCAAGGCUUAGGACAUAGUUCCUUUACGUUACUACUCUUCUAUGGCUAUGCCAGGAACGGAUUGACAGAUAUUAGGGACAACGUUGCUGUCCAUCGCAACAUGACUCCCCGAUUAGCUAAGAAUACGGCUAAUAGCCUACCAGUCCCACUCUAGCUCAUCGAUUCCAACCCCAGAUCUCGGUCUCACCCCUUCCAGAUGGAGUAAUGAUUCUUGCUCCGGAUAUGAAGAUGCUCACUCGCAGUCUUUGGUAAACGCCAAGACUGACGGGUUCGUAUCGAUUGUAAUGAGGUAGGUAUCAGGCCAGAAUAAACAGAUACCUCAUACGAGCAUGCGGAAGUGAAAUGGUGGAUCCCAAACUACAUAAAAGAGUCGUUCGCCUCAUCCAUCGUUCCCGUCACGCCAUCUUUCCAUAACACAAGUUCAUUACAAUAAGGAUACACAUUCGUUCACGAAAAGAAAAUAAUAUUCAAUAUGCUCUUCAACGCCAUUUCUCUCCUCGCCCUCGGCACCGCCGUCGUCGCUAUGCCUGCCGGCGAAGUUGUUUGCCCUCACACUAGAUGCUUCGACGCAGUUAACGCUUGCGGUGUCAAAUGGGGCGGCUGCUACGAUAUGUGCACCCAGGAGAGGCCACCCCCUCCGCCUUGCGCAUCGAUCACGGGAACUACAUCUGUACCUACAAUCACAGACCUACCACCACUCCCAACUACCAUUACUUCGCUCCCGACCACUUCAAUUGUUCUACCGACGAGUAUUACAUCCUUACCCGGAAGUGCUCCGACGACAAUCACUUCCGCCUCUGCCUGUACUAGCACUGGGACUAUCUGUGUCGACCACCUCAAGACCUGUGGAUCUCCCCCUACAGCUAUCCUAACCUACGGCGGAUGCUAUGGCGCCUGCGAAUCCGAGCCCACCUUCUCGCAACCCCCCUGCCCAGUUCCAACCGUCUCUCAGGCUUAAGGUACCCGAAAUCCACAGUGCGACUAGAUAAACUCCCGGCAGAGCGUGAUAAUUCAUAAAAACGUAACGACACUACAUCGCUCAGCUCUAUACUCGCGCACGAAGGCUCUUAUUGCGUUAUUAUGUUCUCUUCUUACUCUCCUUGCAAAUAAAAUCGCAUUUACAUAUGGGGGGAUCAAUAUACGUUCGGGGCUAUUAGACUUAACCGCAGGGGGGAAAAGGUGGAUGGCAUGUAAAAGAUAACUGAUUCGAUUCUAUUUACUCUAUAUGCUUCACCCAUGCCAUUUCAUAUUGCUUUUUCUAUGUCUUUGUUUGUUAUGGUAAGAUUGCAGAAUUGGAGGACUGGUGACUAUC